UACACGUAAAUGGGUCAAAGUGAAUGUAAACUGUCCAGAGUUAUUGCUAAUUGGUAAAACUGUAUUACUAGUUAGACUGUUGAAGGUGACACAUUUUGUCACGAACUGAGUGUGGACAUUCUGGUCCAUUUUGUCCUCAUCUGACGUCAGGUCAACACUUGGUCCGUGGUCAAGACGUAGAGAUAUGGAUUUAAAUCAUAUUUUCGGUUUUGUAAUUUGUUGUUUUUUUCUACUCCAGUUGUGUGAGUUUUCACAGUCACUUUAUGUCGCAAAGAGUCGUCCAAGCUAUGGAAAGCCAUUGAACGUUUACAAGCCAGUCUAUUUGGCAAGUGGCAACAAUGUACAUAAUUCACUACAUGGACCAAUCAGUGGAGGAGGUUAUAGUAACUUUGGUUCCCGACUUCCGGUUAUGCCCAAUGGAUAUGACAAUGGCUAUGCAGCACGAAAAUAUGUCAAACAUGUCAAAGAAAAUAUGGCUAAACAGAUAGUUAAAAAGACAUUUAUAAAUUCCAAAACGGAUGUCAAUAUUAGGAAGGAUCAACCCCUCACUGUUGUGUUCAAUCGUCCUAAGCCAGUUAUAGUUCUUGAUCGACGACCAAUUAUAAAUGUUAUAAAUAAAGUUGAAAAUAAGGCAAACGUUGUUAACAAGCAAAAGGUCAGUCUUGUGGGUACUGUUGGUCGUGCCACUGGACAGAAAACAAUAAAUGUUGCUCAUGGUGGAUCAAAAUCGCAGGUCAACGUAGGUGGCGCACGAAUUAAUAUGAAGGGAGGCAAUGCCAUAGGUGGUAAAGCAAAAGUUAGAACAGGUGAUAUAAAUUUAAACUUUUACGACAAAAAACAUGCUGGAGUAUUUCAGCGUCCAGGUAUGAUUGAAGCUGCGAUGGUAGCUGGAGGAUUUGGACAGGUAGUUGGUCCACAGUUUGCAAUGGGAGGUCAAAAUAUUGACAUAUCUAGCCUAUUGGCCACUCCUCCUCUUCUUCCUGAUGUCCCGAUUGUACCUAGUGUUCCUAGUGUUCCCAGUCCAGGAGCUUUCGAUGUAAUGGAUGCAAUAGCUCUUAAAACAGCAGUAGCAAGACUAGAACAGAAAAUAACCGGAAUGCAGCACAACGUAAAUAUAAACAAUAACAAUAACAACCAAAAUGUAAACAACAACGCAAACAACGUGAACGCCAACAAAUUAAACAACAACAACCUAAACAACCACAACGAUUUGAAUAACAAUGUUAAUGGUGGCUUUGAUAUGGAUAAUUUAAUGAUGGCCAUGAUGCUAAAUGGCGGAGAACUGAGCGACGCAAUGGUUGAGUCAAUGACCAGAAAGUUGACAGGUGUCGGUGGUGCUCCUGGAGGAGGAUCAGGAUCUGGUGGUGCCGAAAGCGGUGGUGGUGGUGGCGGCGGAACUAAAACCAUUAAGAUUGGUCCCGAAAAUACCACAGGAAAAUCAGUGGUUCUUAAAGUAGACGGAAACGUCCAAAUUUCAAAGAGUAGUAUUUUGGCACAAUGAUGUUGUCAUGUUCUGUUCUUUUAUAAAUAUAUUGAGACAGCAGCCUGUUUUAUUAUAAACGAGUUAGUCUAUUAAUACAUUCAGAUGUUCUUAAUGAUAACAUGAUUUGUUUUCUAACGCAUCGUCCUUUUUGUGAUAGACUGGUAAAAUUCCCUCAUCAAACUGUUUAUGUAACCCCUCAUGUGCGACUCCAAUUUUUCCACGCCUCUGCCUGGUAAAUAGAAUGCAAGUCCUAUUAGGUGCUGUUAAUAUUUUAGGCGUCUUUAAUUUGUUUACAAAAUAGAGCAUUAUUGGAAAAUGAUACCGAAAAAUUAGGGAUAAAGAUAGGAAACAAAAGGCAAAAAAUAGAGAUAAGAAAAUAAUUUUGAACCAAAAAAAAAAUAUUCAGAAACAGAAAAACGCCAUCUAUGCCCCUAUAUGUAACACGUUGAUUUGGAGCAACCAUUAAAAAAUUUAAAAUGCUUUUUAUCCGAAUCAUAUCUAAAUAUCUAUCCGUAUUUAACUUAACUUAUUUAAUUGUUUAGUUAUCAUUUGUUUGCAUUUUGUAAAUAUGCAUUUUGUUUGCAUUUUGUAAAUAUGCAUUUUGUUUGUCAUAAUGAUAUUGAGUUUUGUAUUUUUAAUAAAGAUUGGAUUGGUUUCGUUUUGCAGACUAUCAGUCCUUGAAAGUA